GUUCCGCUGCUUCGGAGAUUGAAAAGGACGCAAAUCAAGUCAGCGCGAAUCUUUCCCCUCUGGAAAAGUUUAUGUUGGACUCUGUAAAGACACCAAAUGAAGUCCAACCUGAACAUGGAGAGUUUGUCUAAACCAGAGUUGCUGAUGCUCUUCAGCAUUCUGGAAGGAGAGCUGGAGGCCCGCGACCUGGUCAUCGAGGCUCUGAAGGCUCAGCGCAAAGAGCUGUUCAUCCAGGAGCGCUAUGGAAGGUACAACCUCAGUGACCCCUUCAUGGCCCUGCAAAGAGACAGAGAAGCCGUGGGAGGCCAGAACAAGGAGGCUGGCACUUCUUUAUCGCCGACCUCUAACCCCCUGGUCGUCCUCAAGCUGGUGGUGAGCCACUGUAGGAGGAUGCAGGAGAAGAUGCUGGCCCAGCUGGCGGCGGCUGAGAGCAGACACCGAACGGUCAUUGCUGAUCUCGAGGAGGAGAGGAGGCGGCAUGCUGAGGACACUGCGGAGGGCGAUGACGUCACCUAUAUCCUGGAGAAGGAGCGGGAGCGUCUGCAGCAACAGCUGGACUUUGAGCGCAGCCAGGUCAGGCGUUUGGAGAAAGAUCAACGGCGGAUGAGCGAGCAGCUGGAAGAAGAGCGGGCUCAACACAAGCAGCUCUCCUGUGCUUUGGCCAAGGAGUGCAAGUGGGCGAGCGCCAGAGCUCUGGAGGAGGGGCACAGGCUGAUGGAGGUCAACCGCAAGCUGGACAAGGAGAAGGAGAGCUGCGAGGCCCUGAGGAAGGAGCUGGAGGAGGAGCGGCGGCGAGCGCUCAGGAUGGAGGCCCGGGUGGAGGAGCAGCUGGCGGAGUUCGACACCGAGCGAGAGCAGCUCCGCUCUCGACUGAAGAAAGAGGAAGCCCUCUGCUGUCAGCUGCAACAACAGUUGGAGGCGCUGAAGACAAAGCUGCAGCAGGGGACAGGCGAGGACAGUGUCCCACAGUCAGUGGAGGGGGAGGCUCAGAAGUGGGCCACUAAAGUUACUCCAGCUCAAAUGGUGGACAGUAUCCAGCCAGAGGUCCCCAAGCCGGCGCAUCUGCAACCCGCCGAGCCCAGGCUGAACGGUCACCACGCUUCUACAGAGGUUGAUGGUCCGAACACCUCCCAGCCUGAGAAGGUCUGCCCGCAGAAUGGGAACGAGAGUCAUGUCUCCUCGCCUGCCACUCCCAAACCCUCUCCGAACGGCUUCCAGUCUCCGUACCAGGCUGGGAUCCACCAGCGCUUCCACGCUGCUCGCCACAGGUUCCAGGGUGACCCCGAGCAUCAGCCCGUCCAGCCCACUGCGAGCGCCUCCUCGCCUGUGGGCUCUGUCGCCGAGGCCAGUCCGGUCAAGCAGCUGGCCCGCAGCACCGUCACCCAAGUCCUGUCUCGCUUCACCACCGCUCAGAACGCCCCCAAACUUGCAGCCUCCAACAGCUCCCCCUUUGGGACGGACUACCGCAGCCUGGCGGCGCCUUUAUCCCCGGUCAUCGGCCGAGCGGCCGGAGCGCUGCCGGCAGGAGUGCGAUCCCCGACUAUCCCCAGAGCAGAGCGGGGCACCCCUCCUCCCAUCCCGCCUAAGAAGCCCGGCUUGGCCCACGCCCCCUCCUCCCCCGCCUCGGUGCCCAGGUCUGCCAGCCACCUGACCGACAGCCCGCUGUCGGCGAGCUGCGGCCUCACCUCCGCUCAGGACGGAGUCAAAGAACUGGACGUGGUUGUUUCCUCCAAUUGAGGUUUGGUGAAAGGAAGUGAAGCAGCUGCGGAUGCGGAGAGACAAUCCCAACGUCACAUGGUCCAACCAAACACUGUUUUUUUAUUUAUUCUUACUCUGGAGGGCGACUGUCAUUCAUUCCUCCGACGUCUGCUCCGUGUGCUGAGAAACGCUGUCUUCUCCCCCAAAUGAUCGACAUUUGAGGGGGAGCCCGAUUUUUUUUUUUUAAUAAAAUGCUGCAUUCAAGGUGCUUUCUAUUCUCAGUAACAACUCAGUCAAAUGAUGUCAGCAACGCAACAAUCAUCUUUUGAUGCAGAGUAGUCGUAUGACUUGAAGGAAACUGUUUGCUCGAUGACAGUUCAGAUCCAUGAUCCCUGAGUGAAAGAUUUGCCGUAUCCAUCACCAGAACGCAACAGAAAAGUACACAGAGAGCGUAAGCCUCCACCGGGCUGCUCAUUUACACCCAUGUUGUCCUCAGUCUUUCAUCCCAUAUUAGUGCCUUAUGUUUUUUCAUUAAUAUAAUUCACUACUUUCUUCAAAUGGAUAAUCGCUAUUAGCUCAGUGGGACAGCAGGUGGCAGUAGAGUUCACUGCAGUGCAACUGAUUUUAUGAAAAUGGUUUGAGCCAGAUGUAAUCCAGAGCAUUAUUUGAUCUGGUUUCCAGAACAUUUCAUUCAAUUCUGUUCUUGAAUGACUUAGAGUUUUACAUUUUAGUUUCAGGCAUGAGAAUAAUUUUAUACUUUGGUAAUAUUUUUUUAUCAUACAAGUACACAGUCGUGAAGUCAAAUCUGUGAAAUAUUGCUAGGAGGAUCAAUUCUUUUCGUGAUAGUAUAAAGUAAUAGUAUAAAGAGGGUACAAACUAAAGGAUAAUAAUGUCACUGAGCUGGCAGCCAUUUUGUCGUUUGCCUCAAAGAGUCACUUCUCCUUAAGGGCAUUUUUUCAUCGAGCGUCACUUGCUUCAGUAGAUGAGAUGUUUCUCAAGUUUUGUACUGAAAUGACUUGUCUGCAUCAUUUAUAUCAUCAUGUCCCGCGUACACUCUGUGCGUACACUGUCCUCCAGCUCCAUUCAGGUCUCAAACACUUGAUCGCUCCCAUGAUGCGCUCGGUCAGCUCCUCUUCCUCGGUGAUGUCACACGCCAGUGUCACAUGACGUGCUGGAACCUCAAAUGGAGCUUGCGAGUUCAUCUCUUUGAUACUUGUUGGAGCAAAUAAUCAAAGGUCAGUUGUAUUGAAUAUCUUCAUAACCAUGUGCAGUUUAUUACUGUUGUGAUGUAAUAAAUGUUGAUUAUUAAUUAUAACGUCCAUUUUGUACUAUAUAUAUAUAUGUGUUACCGCGACACUAUGAGAUCGUUGAUGUCAACUCACAUCCAGCCAGUUAGAUUUAUCUCUGUCACUGUUACCACAUGAUCUCUCUGUUAUUGUCAAGUUGAUCAAAAAUAUUAUUGUAACAACCGUGUUCGUUGUUUGUCAUAGACUUAGUCACAGAAGCAAUAAAUGAAUU